UGAAACUCUAGUGCGCUAGUAUCUGCCUCUGACUAGUGUGACUCUCAGGCGCACUCUGAAGGGCGCAAUCAAACAUGGCGGCCUCCUUGCUGAGUAGCAGGGGAGUCGCGCUUUUAGGAUUUCCAAGUUUUAGAUCUUUGCUCCCUGUUGUUUCUGGGAAUAAUGUCGUACAGCUGAUAGCUGGCUAUAAUCCGAGACCUCUAAGGCUGAAUUUAAAAGAUCCUUACAUCCCGGAUAGGAGCAGUGAAAAAACCCCGGAGUGGCAGAAGACUGAUAAAUAUGAUCGCAAGCUUUUUGCCCGUUAUGGCGUUGCCUCCGGUGUGGAUCCGGUUAAACUGUGGCCCACAGCCGGCCAGUUGGAAGAGUUAAUCCAGGAGGAGAAGCAGUGGCACCCGCCGCUCAAAGAAAUGCUAAAAAACAUCGCGGAAAAACAAAAAGAAAAAGAGGAAAAACGACUGGCGAGAGAGAAGCUGAUUGCUGCCAACAUGGCAAAAAUGCCCAAAAUGAUAGCAGACUGGAGAAAGGAGAAGCAUGAAGCAAAGAGAAAGCUGAAGGAGGAAAAGGCCAAAAAGGAGCGGCUGCUGGCAGAGGCUCGCGAGCGUUUCGGCUACGCCGUGGACUCCCGCAGUUCCAAGUUCCAGGAGAUGCUCGCAGAGAUUGAAAAGGAGGAGAAGAAGAAGAGGAAGCUGCUGAAACGUAGAAAGAGAGAAGAGGAACAGGGGUUGACUCCUUCGUCACCAGCUGCUGAAUCUACAUAGAGACACUGAGAGCAUUUACAGACUGUUGUAUAUAUGAGAACUGUAGUACCACGUUUGACCAUCAUAAUGCAUUUAUGGAAAACCCAUCACUUCUUUUCUUAUGCUAUUAAAAGACCCGUAAUUUAAACGCCAA